AAAUCCAACAUCAUACGCAUAACCUCAAUAGCUACACCUGAUGGACAGAUUUUUGGAAUACCAGCCGAAGACCAACCUGCAAAUCUACACCAAGAAAUUACAAAUACUCCCAACUAUGCCAAGAUCAGAAAAUCAUUAAAUAAAAGACAUCAAACAAGAAAAAUAUGGAUAACCUUGACAGAUGAUAUAUCAAAAGUAUAUUUGGAUGGAGAACAAAACUUACAGUUUAAUGAUUUUUAUCUAGAAGAAAUUUUGGAAGAAACAAAUAGUGCUGAAUCUAUACCUAGUGGCUCAAAUCAAACGUUGGAAAAACUGUUGGAAAAAUUGCUUGAAGAUAAACAAACAAAAUCUGAAUCUCAAAAUUUAGGGAAAAUUGCAAAGGAUUUCAUGAUUGAGAAAUUCACUGGCAGAAACUCAAAUGCUUACGAGUGGAUUAAAGAUUUUAAUAAAGAAUGUGAACGUUUCCAAAUCAACGAAGACAAAAAGAAAAUUGAAAUUUUAAAAAACUUUUUGGGAUAUUCCAGUGUAGAUUGGUACAACUGCUAAUGAAACUUACAAUGGAAUCGGAAUGGAACAGAUGGGAGAAAAAUUUUUGUGAGACGUUUGCAAACAAAGGAUGGUCACCCAUCAGAUAUGCUCUUGCCUUUAAAUAUCAAGCAGGUUCGUUACUUGAGUAUGCUAAAAAAAAGAAAAAUUGUUACUGGAAGUAAGAAAAUCAAUUGAUAUUGGGACACUUAUAGACCUUAUAGCAUUUGGCUUACCUAAUUAUGUGGCUGAUAAAGUUGACAGAGAAACUUUACAAGGAACGGAAGAUCUCUACAAUGAAAUAGGAAAAUUGGAACAUCUUGCCGGGAAGAAUAAAUACGAUAAAAAAAGUAUUAUAUAUUCUGGCACUAAAUCCAAAAAAAUUGAAGAAAAAAAACCAUGCCAAAUUUGUGUCAACGAAAAAAAAGGAAAACGUUACCAUCUUGAAGACAAUUGCUGGUUUAAAGGGAAAAAUCAAAAAGCAGUUGUCAAAAUUGUAAAUAACUCGGAACUGGAAAUUGAACUGAAC